UCCCCUCGCCGCCUCGUCUUCCCCAGCGUCGCUUGUCCUCGCCGCCGUCCUCAUGCAGCCCGCCGGGGGCCCCGCCAGCGAGGGAGCCGCCUAUGGCCCGUCCGCCGGGCCGGCCGCCAUCCAGAUCAGCAGGAUCAUGCGCCCAGAUGAUGCCAACAUUGCUGGGAAUGUCCACGGAGGGAUCAUCUUAAAAAUGAUUGAGGAGGCAGGCGCCAUCAUCAGCACCCGCCACUGCAACUCCCAGGCUGGGGAGCGCUGCGUGGCUGCCCUUGCCCGAGUUGAGCGCACCGACUUCCUCUCACCUAUGUGCAUUGGAGAGGUGGCUCACGUCAGUGCCGAGAUCACCUACACAUCCAAGCACUCCGUAGAAGUCCAAGUGAACGUGGAAUCGGAAAACAUCCUCACAGGUGUGAAGAGGGUGACAAACAAGGCUACACUGUGGUAUGUGCCCCUUUCUCUCCACAACGUGCACAAAGUUUUGGAAGUGCCCCCUAUUCAGUUUGCAAGGAAGGAGCAGGAGGAGGAAGGGCGAAGGCGCUAUGAGGAGCAAAAGCUGGAACGGCUGGAAACCAAGGAGAGAAAUGGGGACAUCAUCCAGCCCGUCAUCAACCCAGAACCAUAUACAGUUGGCUAUAGCCAGUCCAGCCUGAUCCACCUGGUGGGACCAUCUGACUGCACCAUGCAUGGAUUUGUACAUGGAGGCGUCACGAUGAAACUGAUGGAUGAAGUGGCUGGGAUUGUUGCUGCCCGCCACUGCAAGACCAACAUUGUGACAGCAUCUGUGGACGCCAUCAACUUCCACGAGAAGAUUAAAAAAGGCAGCGUGAUCACAAUUUCCGGGCGCAUGACCUUCACAAGUAACAAAUCCAUGGAAAUUGAGGUCUUUGUGGAUGCUGACCCAUUUGUGGAUGAGCCCCAGGAGCGAUACCGGGCGGUCAGUGCGUUCUUCACCUACGUGUCCUUAAGCAAGGAAGGGAGGCCGCUCCCUGUCCCACAGCUGGUGGGAGCUUCCAGCCCCUGGAGCUGCACAGGUAGACGUGGAAGUGGGGGAGAGUCGACUCUCCAGAGGCAGCCCUCCCUGGCCAAGGGAUCUCCAGAAGUGUUGGACUGCAACUCCCAUCAUUCCCAGGUAGAAACUGAGGACGAGAGGAGGCGCUUUGAGGAAGGCAAAGGCCGCUAUCUCCAAACCAAAGCCAAGCGCCAGGCGCAAAUGCAGGCGUUGACGCAGCAGUGACAUUCCAGUGGCAGGCACUUCCAGGAGAGCGCACACCGGAGCAUCAGGCAGAACCCCUUCUUCAGUGUGGGCGGCUUAGCGGACUGGUCGCUCGUGGGCACCUUGCCUCUGCCCCUUCCUCAGCAAGUACCCAUGAUGUCCGCAGUUCUGGCGAGCCAAGCCAGCUCAUGGGGACACCACGGGGAUGGCCAGGAGGGCGCAGAGGUGCGGGGUGGGCCAGGGAGAGUGGACACGGGGGGGCUGUCGCAGAGCCUGUGGCCGUUCGCGCUGGGUGUUGCCGGGCCCAGGAGACACCGGGGCGUGCCUGCCCAGCUGCGCAGCGCGGGAUGCGCCGGUUCCUCCACAGGCACUUGAGCUCCCAGGAUGCCCCCCACCCCCCCACCCAGGAGCACUAGCGUUCUCUGCAAAGAGAGGUGGAAGGGUUAGCACAGAUCAUCCUGGCCGGGGGUCUUGUGAUGCCGCUCAUUUCAUGGCUGUUCGUGUUCACCCGUGAUCACCCCGACGCCCUCUCUCUCGUGGCAAUGGCAAGCUUACACGCAGCUCCAUAUUGAGUCAGAUGGCCUCUCUGGUUCCAUUCCACAUCUCUUGAAAAUACAAUACAAUAUAUAUAUAUGUGUGUGUGUGUGUGUGUGUAUGUAUAUGUAUGCCUAAUUUAUGUCAUGAAUGUUGUGAAUAAAAGGUGCAUGCCUUUAACUA